AUGUGCGGUCAAUCACUGUGGUCAAUAGCACUUACAGCUCUUGUAGUCAAGGCAAACGUCAUUGUAGACGACUCUACGUGUCACCGGAACAAGGCUCAGCAUAUCUGCGAGCCCGUGGAUCUUUGCGAGCACAAUUACAACUUUGGCGAUGUCAAUUCUGAUCAGUCCUGCCGUGUGAAGCGAGGUGUCAACUUUUACCCACAGCAGAUUCACUUAGCGUUUGCGGGGAAGAAGGUCGGUACAGCCAUGACGGUAUCAUGGGCGACGUUUGAGGAAGUGACAGACAGCUCCGUUUGGGUAGGGAAGUCCAAUGACACGCUGGAAUUGGUAGACACCCCUGUGUCUAGUUUAAGUUAUUACCACGACAAAGAGUACAACUUAUUUCACCAUCACGCGACAGUCACCGGACUAAAGCCUCAUACGAAAUACUUCUACAAGGUCGGCAGUAGUAGCGAUAAUGAGUACACGAGCGAUGUCAGCACGUUCGUUACGGCGCAUCCAGCAACAAAAGAUUCUUCUUCUAGCAUGCUAAUCUAUGGCGAUCUUGGUGAUGGAAAGAACUCGGCCAACACAAUCGCGAACAUUAACAAACUCACGUCGGAUGACAUCGAUUUGGUAUAUCACCUCGGUGAUAUCUCGUACGCUGAUUCCGCAUUUAAAAGACUGAAGCAAGCUGCAGGUUUCUUUUACGAGGAGGUGUACAACAAGUGGAUGAAUAUGCUGAUGCCGCUAAUGAGCCGUGUCCCGUACAUGGUACUUGUAGGAAACCACGAGGCGGAGUGUUACUCACCGAAAUGUCAAAUUUCGCGUCAAAAGAGACAAGCGCUGGGAAAUUACACAGCAUACAACACACGUUUCAAGAUGCCGUGUGAGGAGAGCGGCGGCACUUUGAAUAUGUGGUACUCGUUUGACCACGGUCCGAUCCACUUUGCAUCACUCUCAUCGGAAACGGACUACCCAGCCGCGCCUACGAAUGAAUACACGAAACGCGUCAAAAAUGGAAACUUUGGUGAUCAGCUGAAAUGGAUUGAGGCAGACCUUGAAAAGGCAAAUGCGAACAGAGCCAAGGUACCGUGGGUUUUUGUCGGGAUGCACCGCCCGGUCUAUAGCGUUUUUAAUUCCGUGCCCAAUGGUGAGCCAGAUGGGGAAACUGCAAACAUCCAAAGAGCUUUUGAAACGCUUCUUCUUAAGUACAAGGUGGAUGUCGUGUUGACUGGUCACAAACACUACUAUGAGCGGGAGCUUCCACUUGCCAAGAACAAAGCCGUAAUGGAUGGCGUUUCAGAUGAUUACAAGCUGUACAACAACCCUCGAGCUCCCGUGCACAUUAUAACCGGUGGUGCCGGCCAGGUGGAGGGGUUAUCUAAAGCACCAAACAAUGCUGCCUCUUUGAAUGCAGCAUCGGAAUAUGAACACUUUGGGUACUUGAUGCUAAAUGCCACUCGCACGACGCUUUCAUGGAAGUAUAUCCGGAGCUCGGAUCAGUCCAUUGCAGAUGCAUUUGUCAUAUGUAAAAACGACACGCUUGCAGCUAAUCUAGAAUAG